ACGGGGAGGGCGGGAGCGAGCGGAGCCCGCAGCGAGCACCGACCGGGCCGCCGCCGCCUCCGCCUGCGCAGCGCCCGCACCGAGCCCGGAGCGCCAUGGCGGCCGCGGCCGCCGAGCCCAGCACCGGCCGCUACCAGCAGCUGCAGAAUGAAGAGGAGCCGGGUGAGACUGCACCGGUGGUGAGCGAUGCCCCUCCGCCCUACAGCAGCAUUUCUGCGGAGAGCACAGCUUAUUUUGACUACAAGGAUGAGUCAGGAUUCCCAAAGCCGCCAUCGUACAACGUGGCCACCACCCUGCCCAGUUACGACGAGGCAGAGAGAACCAAGGCUGAGGCCACCAUUCCCUUGGUUCCUGGGAGGGAUGAUGACUUUGUGACACGGGAUGACUUUGAUGACACUGACCAGCUGAGGAUAGGAAAUGAUGGCAUUUUCAUGCUCACCUUCUUCAUGGCAUUCCUCUUCAACUGGAUUGGAUUUUUCUUGUCUUUCUGUCUGACUACUUCAGCUGCAGGACGAUAUGGGGCCAUUUCUGGGUUUGGUUUGUCUCUUAUUAAGUGGAUCCUUAUUGUCAGGUUCUCCACCUAUUUUCCUGGUUACUUUGAUGGUCAGUAUUGGCUUUGGUGGGUCUUCCUUGUACUAGGUUUUCUGCUGUUUCUCAGAGGAUUUAUUAAUUAUGCAAAGGUUAGGAAGAUGCCAGACACUUUUUCCACUCUCCCCAGAACCAGAGUUCUCUUUAUUUACUAAAGAUGUUUUCUGGCAAAUGUCUUCCUGCAUUAGUGAAUUCCCCCCCAAGAAGCAGCAGGACACCUGCAGGAAGUGAAUCAAGGCUCUGGAGCAGAAGAAAAAAUAAUCACCUGCUUUAAAAUAAAUAAAUAAAAGUACUGUUGGAAAAAGAAAAAAAGGAGAAGCAUUUCUUUCUAUUUGUUUUUAGGUGUACAAUUUUAAUAAUUAAUGCAGAAUUCUGUAAUUGUUGAAUCAUUAGUGGCUAAUGUUUGAAACAGCUAUUGCAGUCGAGUCUGUGACGUGCUAAUAAAGCCUUACAGCGAUAGUUUGUUGUGAUUUGGUAGCAUGAGCCGUCCCCGGGGCCAGCAGGGGCCAGGCUUGCUUUAUUUCCUCCUCCAGCUUGGGAGCUGCUUGGGCUCUGGGUGUGCUGUGCAGCCCAUGUACACUGUGUCCUGUGCAGGCUGUGUGACACCACGUCCUGUGCAGGCUGUGUGACACUGUGUCCUGUACAGCCCAUGUACACCGUGUCCUGUACAGGCUGUGUCACACCGAGUCCUUUACAGCCCAUGUACAGAGUGUCCCGUUUAACACCGUGUCCUGUACAGUCCCGUGGUGCCACAGCCUGUACAGCCGUGUGUGUUGUGUCCUGUACAGCCCACAUAAACCCAUGUCCUGUACAGCCCAUGUACACCGUGUCCUGUACAGGCUGUGUGACACCGUGUCCUGUACAGCCCAUGCAGCACCACAUCCUGUACAGCUGUGUACGCAGUGUCCUGUCCUGUACAGUCCGCGUACCCUGCAUACAGCCUGUCCUGUCCAGCCCACGUACACCCUGUCCUGUACAGCCCCCACAUCCCAGGUCCUGUCCAGCUCACACCCACCGUGUCCUGUCCUGUCCUGUCCAGUCGGUGGCAAAGGGAUGAUCUCAAAAGCUGAAGCGACAGCCCCACGGUGGCUGCACACCUGCCAUCCGGCAGCACCUGUGCUGCCCGUGGAGGAAAAGGGGGCCAGGUCCCGAGGUGUCAGAGGAAGGAGGAUUACUUAGAGGUGGUACAAGUAUUAAUUUUUAACAGUCUAUGUUCUCGGUGUUGUAGUAAACUUUCCUUUCACACUACCUACUUUUUCUGGGCUAUCCGGGGGUUUUCACGGAACAUGUCUGGUAGUGUAAAACUGAAAGAUCACGUUGCAACUUUGUAUAAAAAAUUACCUUGCAAAACAAAGGCCUUUUUUUUUCUUUUUUCCCCUUUGGCUCCGGACUUUUGAGACAAUUCCUAACAUACCUGUAAUUCCUGCUUUUAUAAUUUGUGUUAGCAGAGACUCUGAUGCGUUCGAAAUGUAGAUUUAAUGUGCACUCCUGUGCUUUCUGCCAAGUGGUAAUUCACUUUGGAAUUUUACUAUGUUCAACCUGUAAAUACAGCAGAACAUUAAUAAAUGUCACUUCUUCUGUAGCAA